UUUUCUUUAAAUGUCAAAAUGGAAACAAACAUUGGAGAAGGAAAAUUUUAUGACGAUUCAAAAACGAUGUAUUUUCCUGUUAAUUCAUUCUCAACGCUAGAGCUGUACCGGUCCUGUUAGAACUAUGUAUUUCGUGAAUACUUUUAUUGCGGAUUUUCUGGGGCAUGUUGAGGCGAAAUGGCAAUUUUCAGUAAGAUAUUAAGUAGUUUUUCCUACCCCAAAAUGUUUAUAAUAGGAGAAAUUUUUCCUCCGGUCGGAACUCUUACUAUAAUUGGGACAGUCGUGCUUUGUUUCCUAAGUUUCUACUUAUUCAAAUGGAUAGGAGGUGAGACUACUGUCCGUAUAAGGGAUUAUGUGAAAAAUCAUAGUUGGACACCUGUUGUGGUAACAUCAAGGUCAUGGUAUUGUUCAAUUUGUGAAUCCCUAUUAUUGAAUGGUAUUGGGGUAUAUUGUGAUUGUUGUGGAGUAUGUGCUGAUUCAGAGUGUAUUAAAAAGGCAAAUGUUAGACUGCAAUGUAAAAUUGUAACUAGUAAUAAUGAAACCCAGUUACACCAUUGGAUUAAAGGAAAUUUACCAUUUGGAGCUACAUGUUACAUUUGCAACGAAGACUGCUCAAUGGAGCCUGGUCUUGUAGACUAUCAGUGUUGCUGGUGUCAAAGGUCAGUGCACACCAACUGCAACAAUCAGCAUGAUGAAGAGUGCGAUUUUGGCCGAUUCAGAAAUCAUAUUGUUCCACCUUGGAGUGUGCAGGUGGCGAGAAGAAAAGGUGCCAUCCAGAAGCAUUUACUUCUCAGAGGUGUUCGGGAUCCGGGUUGGAAGGCAUGGAAACCUCUUAUUGUGAUUGCCAAUAAAAAGGCGGGCAACAACGAUGGUGCCACUGUGCUAUCCGAGUUCAGAAAAUAUCUGAAUCCAGUUCAAGUCAUAGAUUUGAGCGAAAGGAAACCGGCGGCAGCGCUACAGUGGUGUGUUCUGAUGGCCCCGAAACAGUUGAGGAUCUUAGUUGCAGGUGGGGAUGGGACCAUUAAUUGGGUUCUAACCACAUCUCACAAAUUGGACUUGGACCCUGAGCCUUUGUUAUCUAUCAUACCCUUGGGUACUGGAAACGAUCUCUCCAGAGUGUUAGGCUGGGGAUCUGAAAGUGCUUCAGACUUGGACGUUGACAAGCUUCUCAAAUACAUAGAGGCAGCGACACCAUCUAAGUUGGAUAGAUGGAAAAUAGAAGCAAUGUCCCACAGGCAUUUAGGGUUGAGGAUUCCGUCAAACACUUUUUACAUGUACAAUUACUUCAGUGUCGGUGUGGAUGCCCAGGUAUGCCUAAAUUUCCACAGAACCAGGGAUUCCGUUUACUACUUCUUUGGUAACAGAAUAUGUAAUAAGUUGUUAUACUUAUGUUUCGGCACCCAACAAGUAGUAACAUCCGACUGCAAGAACCUAGAGAAAAGAUUAGAUUUGUAUAUAGAUGGUAAAUUGGUGGAAUUGCCCGAACUGGAAUCGAUCGUUGUCCUCAAUAUACCAUCAUGGGGGGCGGGCGUCAACCUUUGGAAUCUUUCUAAUGUGUCUUCCGGUUAUCGACACCAAUCCUUCAAAGAUGGUUUACUGGAAGUGGUCGGUAUUUUCUCGUCAUUCCAUGUGGCUCAAUUGCAGAUGGGCCUUUCUAGUCCGGUGAGGUUAGGUCAGGGUAAGAUGGUGGAGGUAAAAUUAAAAAGAAAAGCCCCAGUACAGAUAGACGGUGAACCUUGGGAGCAGAAUCCGUCUUCAAUAAAAAUUACCUUUGCUAAUCACUGUCCUGUACUUAUAAAUCACCCCGAUUGAUUGAUGGAAAAAGAGUACUGAUUUGAGUAUGUGCCAAAUAUUGCAAUUCUCAACCGAAAGUUGGGUUAAAAGGUAUUGUAAAGUAUUGUUUGAAUCUAUAUUAAGGUGCAGAAAGGGUUACCAAUUUGUCGAAGUUACGAUCAAUUUUUAUUGCAUUUGAAAACAAUUUUAUACAAUUUUGCAACCUCAUUAGAAUUAGUAAGUUUCGGUUCUUGCCUCAGUAUUUGUAACUUGAAAUGUGAUUUUAUUUAAUGAAUUUUUUCACCUAUUUAGAAUUUCAUACAUGUUCUUCUAACAGUAUUUUCAAAUAUGUAUAUUUCGUUUUUAUGUGGAACCUAAUCUGUUGAAUUCAAUUAAGCAAAUACUAUAAAGAUUCUAUUAAUAGUCCAAAUAAAUCUGGCUGUUGUUGUAGUGCACAUAUCAAGCAUAAUUACGAAUUUUAUAUUCUCACUUAUAUAAUGGUAAAAUUUAAAAACAGCAUUUUCAACAUUAAUGCAAAUUAUGAGAAAUUCAGAUUUUUCAAUGUUAUAAUUCACCAGUAUCACACUGUAUUUGUUCGAAAAGAAGCGUAUUAUAUCUAAUAUUAUAUGGAAUAAAAGUUAUCGAAAAUU